CACCACUCUUGUUUCCUUUUCUUACAUCAUCAAAAACAUUUUCUCUUCAAUAUAUAUAUUCAAACCUUUUCUUCAUCAUUUCAUAACUUAACAAAAGACUUCAUUUAUAAAAUUCUUCUUUUGACUAACAUAAACACAAAUUUUUUCUCAUUCUUUCAUUUCUCCAACAAAAACAGUAACAUAACAUGACCAUGGAUGAACAACAACAUCAUCAUCAUCAUCAUAGUAACUGGGAAACUUCUGAACUAAAUAAUAAUAUUAAUAAUAAUAAUAAUAAUAAUAAUCAUAAUCAUAAUCAUAAUCAUAGUCUUAAUCACCUUGUUGAAUUUAAUGAUGUUCCUAAAUUCAAAUCUGUUCAACCACCUUCUCUUCCUCUUUCUCAAUCACCUUCUUUUCAUCUACCUUUUUCAUCUACUUUCAGCCCAUCUGAUUUUUUGAUCUCACCUUUCUUUCUUUCUUCUCCAAAUGUUUUUGCUUCUCCAACUACUGAGGCUUUUGCUAAUCAGAGUUUUAACUGGAAUAAGAACAGUUUAGAGGAAGAAGAGCAACAACAAGGUGAUAAGAAAGAUGUGAAAAACUACUCUGAUUUCUCUUUUCCAACUCAAACAAAGCCUGAAUCUGUUCUUCAAUCUUCCUCAGACAUGUUUCAACUGGAACAAGCUAAGAAACAAAACAUAUGGAAAUUCAAUGAACCUACAAACCAAAACGAUAUUUUAUCCGAAAGGACAGUAUCGGAAUCUGAAUUCCAACCAACUCAGAACUUUUCCUCAGAAUUGGCACUAAUUAAACCAGAAACACAUAAUAGCUCAGUUAAUGGAUCUGGUUAUUAUAAUUACAAUAACAAUAACUACAAUAAUGCAUCGCAAUCCGUUCGAGAACAAAGGAGGUCAGAAGAUGGGUACAACUGGAGAAAAUAUGGACAGAAACAAGUGAAAGGAAGCGAAAAUCCACGCAGUUAUUACAAGUGCACGCAUUUGAAUUGCUCAAUGAAGAAGAAAGUUGAGAAGGAUUUGGAUGGACAAAUUACUGAAAUUGUAUAUAAGGGAACUCACAAUCAUCCUAAGCCUCAGUCAAAUAGAAGAACAAGCUCUCAACCAUCUUCGUCUUGCACUAACUCCGGAAUUUCUGAUCAAUCGGUGAUGGAUCAUGUUUCCAUACAAGAAGAUUCUUCAGCUUCUGUGGGAGAGGAAGAGUUUGAGCAAACAUCACAGACCAGUUAUUCUGGUGGAGGAAAUGAUGACGCAAAUGGACCGGAGGCCAAAAGAUGGAAGGGUGAUAAUGAAAAUGAUGUCUAUUCUGCCUCGGCUAGUAGAACUGUUAAAGAACCUAGAGUUGUAGUUCAAACUACAAGUGAAAUCGAUAUACUUGAUGAUGGCUUUAGGUGGAGGAAAUAUGGACAGAAAGUUGUUAAAGGAAACCCAAAUGCAAGGAGCUAUUACAAAUGCACUGCCCAUGGUUGUACAGUUCGAAAACACGUUGAAAGAGCUGCACAUGAUAUCAAAGCCGUGAUCACAACUUACGAAGGGAAACACAACCAUGACGUACCAGCUGCGCGCGGUUCUGCAGGUUAUAACAUGAACAGAAAUUCUAUGAACAAUGCCAUCGUACCGGCGCCUAUUAGGCCCUCAGCAGUGAAUUGUUAUUCUAAUUCAUCAAGUUUCACAAAUUCAUUUUAUAACAAGACCGGGCUGCCUACAAACGGAAAUCAAGAAUCAUUUCGACCGGACAUGUUGCAGGGUAAUGGAAAUUUUGGAUAUUCAUCGGCUAAUCAUUCACAAUACUCAGAUGCUGGAUACUUAAAGGCCAAGGAUGAGAGGAAGGAUGAUUCAUUCCUUCAGUCAUUUCUGUCAAAAGACUUCUAAAUCUGGGACCACAGCUUCAUAUAUUAUGUUGCAUAUCUUUUUGUAUAGAAUGUAGGAUUUUAGUUAUUCUUCUAUUCAUAGGAAUAGAAACAAAGAAUCAUCAAUAUUUACAAGGAUAUACAAAAAAUGAGUAUUAACUGAUGAAUACUAUUAUUCUUUUGUUGUAUGCGUAGGAAAAAUGGCAAUAGAAUCUCAAGUUGAAAAAAUUAUAUAUUAUUUCUAUUUGUGUUUGUAUAUCAAAUCAAUAUCAUAAUCUUUCACUGUAACAUACACAACCAAAGGGAGGAGAAUCUUGAGCCUGACUCCCUUUCACAAGAAUGAUAUACAGAUAAAUGUGAUGAUUUACAGAAAA